GAAAGUAUUACAAUUGCGAUCUUCUGUGCUCUGUCAUAUGAAGCUGUUGCAGUCAGAUACAGCCUGUAUCAAGAAUUUACAUGUCGUCCAAAGAGCAUCGGUCCAAUGAAGUAUGUGUACUCUUUCGGGCGCAUUGGGGAGCACAAUAUUGUGAUAGCUCGGCCUCUUCAAAUGGGAACUGUGAAGGCCGCCCAAUGUGCAGCAACUGUCAGCCAACAGUUUUCAAAUGUCUGAUUCGCCUUGAUGGUUGGCAUUGAAGCCGGCAUCCCCAACCUCCCCAAGCAGGACAUCCGCCUAGGUCAUAUCACUGUCAGUAUCCCUCAAGACAAUCAUUCUGGUGUGGUGCAGUAUGAUUUUGGCAGAUAUGAGCAAGACGAAUUUGUUUUUAAAGGGUCUCUUGAUAAACCUCCACCGAUCCUAAUAAGUGCAGAUGGAUCAUUGGAAGAAGAUGAAAUAAUGAACAAAAGGCCCCUUAGGAAGAUUUUAAAAGAAAUCACCAAAAAUCAUCAAUUUGCUCGACCUAUUGUGAAUGAUGUUCUUUUUGAAAAUGAUUUUCACCACAUCAAUAAGGGUGCUGAUUGCGGUGGAUGUGAAGCAUCCAGUGAAAAGAAGCUUGUGCCACGACCUCUAUGCCAGCAACAGCAGCCAGUGAUUUAUCAAGGCCUCAUUCUUUCGGGUAAUGGAGUUGUUAAAGAUCCCGCACAUCGAGACCACCUACAUCGAGAUUACAACACCGCAAUCUGUUUUGAGAUGGAGGCAGCUGGCAUUGUGUAUGAGAUCCCAUGCCUAGUGAUUCGAGGGAUAUGUGAUUACGCCGACACCCAUAAACAAGAUGGGUGGCAUUAUUAUGCUGCUGCAGUUGCGGCCGCUUAUUGCAAGGCUCUCCUUCGUAAAGCCAAUGGUCAGGAUGCGGAACAGACAGGGAGCAUGAAAGAAUUGAUUGAAGGCCUGGACGGUUUGACUGAAAAAAUGAACAAGAUUUAGGAUACACAGAGGCAUGCAUUAUUUACAGCCAAGUUGCCAAUUACAGCAGGGGCGGCAU